ACAUAUAUCUUGGUCGUCUUUUGCAGAAGAAUAUGGAGAGAAAGAUUGCUGUUCUUGUUGCAUUGCUGAUCCAAAACUGGAUCAUCAUCCCUGCAAUGGCGGCUGCUAGCUUUGACGAUCAGAAGAACUUCUUCUUCCCACCUUACCCUUAUCCAGGAAUUUCUCCCCCAGUUUCAUACCCGUCUCCUCCAACACAUGCUAACCACGGCGGUGGCGGUGGCGGCGGCGGCACACAGCAUCACCCCCAUACUCCAUCCCCGCCAGGAGGCGGCGGUGGAAGUGGUGGCGGAGGAUACCAUCAUCCUCCUCCAGGGACGACGGCGACUCCCGGAGUAGUGACACCACCACCAUCACCGCUGCUUCCAUUAAAUCCAAACUCGCCGCCAUUCACGUGCACUUACUGGAGGAAUCACCCGACGCUGAUUUGGGGAUUGAUGGGGUGGUGGGACACCAUGACCACCGCAUUCGGCGUCGGCAGCUUGCCGGCGGCGGGGCCCGGAGCUCGUAUGAACUUGCUCCAGGCCCUUUCGAAUACGCGCAAAGACGGCUUCGGACAGCUCUACAGGGAAGGAACAGCAGCUUUGCUCAACUCCAUGAUCGAUCACACCAAGUUUUCUUACACGAGCUCGCAAGUCAGGGACGCCUUUGUUGCUUCGCUUACCUCAGAAAAGGCUGCUGCAGCUCAAGCACGUCUCUUCAAGCUCGCAAACGAAGAUGGAAGAAGAUCAUAGAUCUGAUCAGAUCAGUCAAGACUCGAUUCUGAUCCCCAAUUAGGUCAUUUCUCUACAGUUUAUCGACGUUGCAGCUUAUUCUAAGUUUCUUACCCUAAUUGUUUUUGAGUUUUUGGUAUGAUGUUUUUAAUUUAUUUAAUUUCAUUUCCUGUUGCAAUUUGGGUGUAAUGUUUAAGGGUCGUUAUGGAGACCUAACCAACGUGCAUCUUGCCUUUAUAGUUCUUGAAUUGCAGUGAUUAAUGUUUGUUGCAUUUUAG